UGUGUGUGUGUGUGUGUGUGUGUGUGUCUGUCUGUCUGUGUGUCUGUGUGUGUGUGUGUGUGUGUGUGUGUGUGAACACUUUGUUUUGUGAGAUGACCGUGAACACAUCAUCCGGUCCACACACGAGCUCACAGACUGUCACCGGUUAUGACGUCAUGACCAUCAGCAAAUAAAUUCAAUUAUAAAUUAACAUGAAUUGUUUUAUUCUAACAUUCACUCACUGAGUUUAAAUAAAGCUUUUACUGUGAAGUUGAGCGGAAGUGGCGUGCCCGCUGUUGCUACCCAGCGUCCCGGGCCUCCCCCUCCCCCGGUUGGUCAGCUGACCGUCGGCCGGUCUGGUGACUGUCAAACCCCCGAAGCUCGCACCGUGACCGGACACCAGCACCACCAGGCCGAGGCCGGUCCCCGUGGCCCCGUUACCGGAGCUCCUGACCCGGACUGGUCCCCCGAAGCCCCCCGCUGUCACCUGGAGGCCGGAUCGUUGGCCUUAAACAAGCCGAGCUCGUCGCACCCAGGAUCGGACCCUCAGACACUCCGAGGCCGGUCAGCUGGUCGGUCUUUCACCGAUCCUGUGCGCCCCCAGCCGGCCCGCAGCCCCGGAAGCCCCCGCUGAGCGCCAUGGCCGUGCUGGAGCUCGCCAUGCAGGGACUGGCCGUGUUCGGCUUCCUGCUGUUCUUCGUGCUGUGGCUGAUGCACCUCAUGUCCAUCAUCUAUGUGCGUCUCCACCUCCACAAGAAAAGGUCGGAGGUCAAACAGCCGUUUGUGCAGCUGGCAGGAGUUUCUCUGCUGAAGCCUCUGAAGGGCGUCGACCCAAACCUGAUCUCCAACCUAGAGACAUUUUUUACACUGGAUUAUCCUAAGUAUGAGAUCCUGCUGUGCGUUCAGGAUCAAGAUGAUCCAGCUGUGGAUGUGUGUAAAAAGUUGUUGGGAAAAUAUCCAAACGUAGACGCACGAUUAUUCAUUGGGGGGAAGAAAGUUGGAAUCAACCCCAAGAUCAACAACCUGAUGCCGGGCUAUGAAGGAGCCAAAUAUGGUCUGGUCUGGAUCUGUGACAGCGGCAUCAGAGUGAAACCCGACACUCUGACAGAUCUGACCAAUCAGAUGACAGAGAAGGUGGGAUUGGUCCAUGGGUUGCCAUAUGUUGCCGAUCGCCAAGGCUUUGCCGCCACACUGGAGCAGGUGUAUUUUGGGACGUCCCACCCUCGCUCCUACAUCUCAGCUAACGUGACGGGGAUAAAGUGUGUGACGGGGAUGUCGUGUCUGAUGAGGAAGGACGUGUUGGAUCAAGCCGGCGGAUUGGUCGCCUUUGCUCAGUACAUCGCAGAGGAUUACUUCAUGGCUAAAGCCAUCGCUGACAGAGGAUGGAAGUUCUCCAUGGCGACACAGGUGGCGCUGCAGAACUCGGGGUCGUACUCCAUUGGUCAGUUCCAGUCCCGCAUGAUCAGGUGGACGAAGCUGAGGAUCAACAUGCUUCCUGGCACUGUGCUGGAGCCCGUCUCCGAGUGCUUCCUGGCCAGCCUCAUCAUUGGCUGGGCUGCUCAUUAUGUGUUCAGGUGGGACAUGAUGGUGUUCUUCAUGUGUCACUGUCUGGCCUGGUUCAUAUCUGACUACAUCCAGCUGACUGGAGUUCAGGGCGGCCCGCUGUGCUUCUCCAAGCUGGACUUUGCGGUGGCGUGGUUCAUCAGAGAGUCGAUGGCUGUGCAGAUCUUCCUGUCGGCUCUGUGGGACCCGACAAUCAGCUGGAGGACCGGACGCUACCGGCUGCGCUGUGGCGGCACCGCAGAGGAGAUCCUUGACGUCUAGUUACCACGGCAACCGCCUGCCCUUUCUUCCUCCUCUUCCUCAUAAAGGUGGAGAGGAGGAAGAGGAGGAGGCGUGAAAGAGACUGUUUGUUUUUGGUUUUUUUAAUGAGAAAAACUGAAGAGUGUGUGUGUGUGUGUGUGUGUGUGUGUGUGUGUGUGUUUGUUUAACUAUUUAUGUUCCUUUUGGUGCUAAAAAAACCCGAAAUGAUGCCAGAACAAGCCAAUGAGAGCGCAGGAUGGAAGGAAGAAAAACAUUUAAAAAAGGAGAAAAAGAAACGGGAGGGAGUGACGCAUCGCACUUAACAGCUGAUCUCUGAUCGACCAAUCAUUAGAGAGGAGCCAGUAUUCUCUCUCCUGAUUGGCUCCUGACAGUUUUCUGAAUGAACUAAUUGUGACUGAAGAUGAAACAGUUUGACGACGUCUGACGCCUCAGAGGAAACGUGUCGGCUGCGUUUCAGACGCUUCCCGUCAGUCGUCGUGACGUCCGUCUGUUUCAACAAAGGUUGGCGAGGACUGUGAAGCUUUCACUAAGACACAGUGCAGAUUGUGUUGUUGGUCCUGAACAGCUCCUGAUCCAGGUUCAGGCUCUGAUUGGUCAGAGGUCCGUCCCCUUCCUGUGUCCCUGAUUCCAGAAAUAAGGACAGAGACGAACAAGGUGCCAUGAGUCACCAGAGAUGCACCAACCGUCCAACCAAACUUCAGCCUGACCGGCCGAUCGGUCUCAGAUGUAGCCGAUCCUGCUCAGAUCAGAUCGACAUGCAGGCGCCACACGAUGGCGGGCGACACAAAGAGCAGCACGGACAGGAUGUGAUGUCAUCAGAGCCGCUGCAACUCUGUGUGAAGCUAACCAGCAGGCGUGGGUACACCACCCAAAUCUGUUUAGACCUGAUAAGUCGCUCACAAGUGUAGCAUAGAAAAGCUAAUGCUAACCGGUUCAUGUAAGUGGAUGGGAGAUGCUAAAAGGAUUAGCUUCUUAGCGCAGGAUGUGUAACUCAAUAAAACCACAAAUAUAGGUGGUCUACCCGUCUGCUAGUUAGCCGAUUAGUCAAGAUAACUAGCAGAUUACAGUUAAAUAACUCAAAAAUGUCACAUCAGAAAGCUAAUGCUAACUGUUUCGUGUAAGGAAAUAGAAAAUGCUAAAAUGAUCAGCGCCACAUUGCUGGAGGUAUAGUGAAAUAAAGUUAGGUGGUCGACCCCAGUCAACUGGUUAGCCUAGUUAGCUUUCUAACCAACCAGUGUCCAUCUGAUAGAUUAGAUUAAUUCUGUGGCGGACAAACGUUUAAAGCUCAUCUCUGGGAAAAAAACAAAAAGAUAACGUAACCUGAGCUGAUGUGACAGUGUUUCAGCAGCUGUUGUGAACGAGGUUUUCUAAAAGUUACCAACAUUUAUUUUCAGUGAGAUUUUUGUGGCUGUUUAAAGAAGUCUCCGGUGGCUCUACAGAGACAUAUCUAACAUGUCGGUGUGUGCGGUCAGUUGUAGUUCUUAAGAAGAAAAUGGGAGUUGGCAGGUCAGUGUUUUAAAAAAUCUGAAUCUGCCAGGAAUUCUGCAUUUGGCAGAUAAUCCAACAGGUCAGGAAAGUCACAGUUUGUGUUCGUACCAUUAUUUUUUCAGCAAACUACGUCUCUCGUCUCGCACGAUGUUCCAACAUUGUGUCACCAACAUGGCUGCCACCGUGGCCCAGGUGUAACCGUAUCAUUGAAUCCUCCAGUUCAGCAUUUUGGUCGUCGCCAUCUUUUUAUUUAUUUUUUUAUUUUAGUGACCAUAUUUGGAGGAGAAGGUGAGUUAACCCUAACACUAGCUGCUAGGUUGGUUAGCAUUUACAAAACUAUGGUUAAUUAUAAUGAUGCUAAUGCUAAUUCUUGCUAGCAAAAACAGGCUCAAAACCAUUGAGUUCAACCAAACGCUGAACAAGACUUUUUAGACGACCGAAACGUUACCGUUAAACUUUCAUAAACUGAAAACACACUAAUAUUGCAACAGCCGCACUUACACUCUUACGCCACGGUUACAUCACUUUCCCGAUGUUGUCGCCUUGUUAGCAACUUGUUAAUGAACGCAACCAAGCUGUCAAAGAGGCCCCGCCCCCUUAAUGAUGUGUACCUUUGAUCCUUAAUAAAAAGUAAACAGGUGAGUUCUGUAAAAGUCGUCAUGAAUGUUGAGAUGAUGUUUUUGUACCAGGCUGUAAACAUGUUUGUUUCUACAUGUUAGCGUGGAGCUCUGUGGGGACUGACUCACUGUUGGAGCCGGCCUCUAGUGGACGUGAGAGGAACUGCAGGUUUUGGAUUCAUGUUUCAGCCUCGGAGGACGCUGCUUGGUUUUUGUUAACCAGGAAGUGAAAUAACGAGCUCAGACUCGACCUCAGGCGUCGUAGCUUCAGAGAGACCCGUGUGACGCCAGUGUCGUGACUCGUGACGUCUUUCUGAUGACACAGCUUCACCGUCUCACAGUUUUACAACAAACUUUCACUUUGUUCAUUUGAUCAUCUGAAACACCUCAUGUCAAACUCGUGGCUCAGUUUAAACAGGGUCAGAAAAUCAGUUGUCUUUGACCGUUAACUACCGAACACAUUUUUCUCUGAAUAAUGUCCUGUGAUGGACGCAGGAAGGGGAGGGACUUGGCCUCUCUGUCGGGACAUGUGACGGACAUUUGUUGCUGAAACAAGUUUAAAAAUCAGAGGACAGACGGACAGAGGACAAAAACAUGAAUCGACAUUCUCUUCAUGUCCAGAGAAACAAGACGGGACUUCACUUCCUGUGUCUCACUUCAAACAGCUGAUCAAUCAGAUCAAUAACCAUUAAUGUCUCUCAGUUCGUCUCCUCUGUUCAUGUUUCUGAUUAACGGAGGAUCAACAUGAAAAACAUUGAUCUGAGCAGCUGUGAGGUUUAAACACACAAUCGGCCAAUAAGGACGGACGCUGAUCUCUGAUUGGCUGAUUUUUUUUUUUUAAACAAAAAACAGUCGACUGCGUUUACUAAAAUUAAUUUUUUAAAAACUGGAGAUAUUUUUUCUGACUUUCUUAUGUAUCUCUAAAACCGAAAUUAUUAUCCAAUAAUUAUUUUAAAAAUUUCAAAUGUUAUCGAGAAAACCUCAAACUGAACGAUCUUUGUUACCAAAAACUAUCUUACUAUAAAAAAUAGUAAACUAUUAUCGUAAUUAUGACACAUUUCAAAAUUACAAGAACUUUAACUCGUCCUUGUGAGAAUUGUUUCAGUGAGAAAAUUAGUGACCUGUAAUUCUAAAGAAUAACGACAUUGUUAUUUUGUGAAUACAAAAUCGGUAUCUCACAGUUUUGACAAAGUUAAAAGGAUCGCUGGAUUUUGGUCUCAUAGUUACUAAAGAAUUCCAAAGUGUAAAUAUUAUAGAAUAUAGAAUUGUCAUAAUUAUGAGGAUGAUUGGAACGUUAUCGGAUACAAAAUCAGUAACUUGUAAUCAUAAAAAAUAACUUAUAAGAAAGACAUCUUUGUGAAUACGGAACCAGCAUCACUUCACUUUAACAAAAAUGCUAUAAGUACGAGAUUUUUGUCUCAUAGUAACAAACUAAUUAUAAAAACAGUUGAAUUUGUAUUCUAGUUACAAAGAACUCCACGAGACGUCAUUAACGGAAGAGAUACGAAGUGUUAAUUACAAAAAAUGUCUUUAAUUUUUUUUCCCCAAACAAGUUUAAAUGUCGAGUUGCCACAAAAACGCAAGAUCAGCCAAUGAGAUCAGAGAAUUUUGUUGUUUUGAAAAUUCGUUUUCUAAUAUUGUUCACCCCCCCCCCCCCAAAAAAAAAGGAAUCUCAAUUCAGCACUGAACAAACUCCAGUAUUCUGUGACGUUCUAAUGGUCGCAACAUUUCACGUAAAUCACAAAACAUCAAAACAAACACAAACAUAAACAAACACAGGACCAAAUAAAUAAAUAUUAAAGGAAAAAACACAUUUCUGAACUUGAGUCUGAACACUGAAGUGUGUGUGUGUGUGUGUGUGUGUGUGUGUGUGUGUAUUAAAGCUGUGUUGCUUUACUGUUAGCCAUUAGCUGUUAGCGUAGCCACAGGGGGUUUGGUUGAUGACGUCAGCUGGGUGUCGGACGAACCCGUCGCCGUCGUCCAAUAGGAUUGUUAGGAUUCUUAUUUGUUUAUUGUUGUUUUUUUUUUUAAUUAUGAUGAUCUGCUGUAGUCUGCGAACCGACCAAUCACAGCUGAGGAUUGUGUCAACACAGGAACAAUAAAGUUUUAUCCUUUGAAAGCUGAAA